GACACGCAGCGGCAGGAGCCACGCAUGUUUUUUCUUCCUCCUUAGUAUUAGUACGUUGAUUCUUGUAGUCAACUUCCACUUCGUAAUAUCGAAGAGUGUCAUAUUAUCAAAAUGAUGUUUUGGACACCACGAGUUCAUCAUCCAGGGCCGACGUCCAAAAGCUUGGCGGUGGUGUUGCUUCCACUGUUUCAUUAUGGAUUGCAAAAAUGUCUGGGUCUGGAAGAUUGCCAGAUUUGUCAUGCAGGUUUUCUAUGACCCAUGAGGUCUGGUAUGUAGGACAUAGCAUGGCAGAUUCUGCGAGACUUUUCUAAUGCCUACCCUCCAUGAGAAACUGCCUCUCGAUCAGGUCAGAAGUGCACAACUUUUGGCAAUCAUGCAACACAGUUUUUUGCCUGAUUCAGAUUUAGCAUGACAAGUUGCAAUCAUCCAGACCCAGACAUUUUUACAUUUGAUUUUGAUAUUCAUCUCGCCUUGUUGUGUUUCUGCUCAGCAGUUGAUGUGGACGCAUUAUCUGGUCGACAGGAAAAGGAAUUUCAGCCGGAAGUAGACCACGACGUGUCGUCGUCGAGGACUUCUAGCCGGGACGACGGAGCAGGGCAGCAGCAGCUGCUGCACGAGGAGCGAAAGCCUCAGGGCGGGGCCCGCGACGGAACAGUUCUAAACACGCGGCUGCGCGGCGGGUUUAUUUUGAUCCGGAUGAGGACCACAGAAUCACAAUCAGAACAGAAUACCGGCGCCCCUCGCGGUGAUGUGGUUCCCACUCUUGCGCAGCACGACACCCGCGGCGUCGUUCCAGCGGCAGAUGAACCACGCACCACGAAACACGGCGCCGCAACAAGCUCCGUUUUGAACAUCUUCAAGGAGCAGGGGCGAACUACGGCGCGGCGGCUUAGCCCGACCGGCGAGAAGGUGGACGGAGGGAGCGAAAGUACUAAAUUUGGCGACGGACGACCAGCGCCGCGGAGCAGUAUAAGUAGUUCCGGCACAAGAACUAUCCUGUGUAAAAACGUCCCCACCCCAGAGUUGUCAUGCAGAUUUGCCAUGACAGGAACAUUUGUGAUGCGCAACCCCAUGACAGGCAUUUUCAAUCGUGUUUGGGAACUUGUAAUGCUGUAAACAGGAUCAGAAGGUCGAUUUGUGAUGCGGCUUUCCUUGCUAACUUGCACUACCGUACGGACUGAGACUUGUCAUGCGUGACUCCUAAAACUCCUAGGUUUGUGUUGCAAAAUCCCCAUCCUGACUCUGGUGUGAGUACGUUUUUACUCAGGAUAAGAACAUCAAGAGAAGCAGUACAACCACGUACAGGCUUCUGGCACGAGGUUGUGAGCAUAUCAACUGUAAAAAUGUCUGGGUCCUCUGGAACAUUCUGACACUUGUCAUGCACGUUUUGCAUGAGCCCUGAUGUCUGUGAUGCAUGCCCUAGCAUCACAGAUUUUUUCAGAGCUUCUUGAUGCCUAUUCCGCAUGACAAAUGCCCUCUCCGCGUAGCAAAAAUUGCAUUCCUUUUGGUACUCAUGCAAUACAGAUUUUUCUGGAAUCCAAAUGCAGCAUGACAAGUUGCAUUCUUCCAGACCCAGACACUUUUGCAUUUGAUAGAGCAGCUUCCUCAACAAAUUCGUCGACGUCGGCCACGUCACUGGGGCCGUGGCAGUAGCGGCUAUCAAAUGCAAACAUGUCUGGCUCUGGAAGAUUGCAAGACUUGUCAUGCUAGUCUGGCAUGACUUUGCAUUGUGUAUUGCGUGAGGCCAUCGGAACAGCCUCUCUCGCAUGUCAUGCAAAAACGCAAUUUCUCAUGCGGAAUGCGCAGCACAGAAGCACGAAAAAAACUUGUCUUCAUACUUGGCUGCGCAUUAAUACAGUUCACUUAUUGCUCACUGACUUGCUCACUGGCUUGCCUCCCCAGCGAUAAUGGACAAUGGCAAUGUCGGCGCGGUUGUUUUAGCAUCACAAGUUUCCAGAACCAGACGUAUUUGCAUUUGAUAGCGGCAGAGCACAUGCAAGGGUGGUUGUUGGAGAACCAGGACUACUUGACGGGUGACGUGGACCACAGUGGAGAAGUUGAUGCUCCUUUACAGGUAUCAAAUGCAAAAGUGAGUCUGGGUCUGGAAGAGUCGUGCUGUUUUUGCAUGACACAGAAGGUCUGGCCCCUCUUACAGAUGGUUUCUUUCGUAGUUGGGACUGUGUCAUAGUAGGAUGAUUUACCGCUUUUUUACUUUUCUUUUCUCCCUUGACGCUGGUGCUUAGGUUUGCAUACAACGUUAUCCCUACCCAGAUAGCAACAAAUGCUCACGCCGCAGCCGUCCCAGGAGCUAUCUUUUGUUGUUGUCUCUCGGUAGUGAUCACUUUGUCCAAACUUAUUCUACCUAGAGUUUGUCGAGUAAGUGGUUACCGUUUUAAGGUUUAGAGAACGACAGGGACGCCCAGCCCUUAGCUUCCCAACAUGACACAGAAGGUCUGGCAUGGAAGCUCUAGCAUCACAGGCUUCGAGAAGCUUCCGCAAUGCCGAAUCCGCAUGAGAAAUCCCCCAUCCUGGUGACAGAAAGUGGGCAGCUUUUGCUGCCUAUGCGUGAUAGAUUUUUCUGUUUUCUGAAAUGCGCAUCACAAGUUUGUACUCUUCCAGACCCAGACAUGUUUGCAAUCCAUAACAGGGCGUACUUGGCGACCUGAUGAAGAUGGAGGACGCUACGCACGGCGGAGAAAAGUUUGACAUGAGAGACCACAUGACGAGCGAGGGGUACCUGGACCCGGCAUCGUUUCACCCAUCCACGCUGGGCACGAUCGAAGAGCUGGUGGAGCAUCGCACGCAUGGCGCCCACGUCGUGCACGACCUGAAGGACCCAAAGGAACUGACCGGCCAGGUUGGACUUUUGCUCACCCACUCAGGAUCCACCGCGGAGGAAUCUUACGACCGGUUCAGAACCGAUAUGCAGUGGGUUUGGCUUCGCCACGCGAUGGCCGCUAGCGACAUGGAUGGCAAGGAUGUUCUCUCUUGGGACGACCUGGCGGCGACGAUCCCAGCCGCGGUCGCCGACGGAAAAAUAACCCAGGAGGAGUGGCCCGGGCCGAAGGGGAUCUAUCAAAAGGAAAAAUCCCCCCUCCCCAUAUCGAAAUGGAAAUCUGUGAUUUGGGAUUUGUGUACACAAAUCGGAUUGCAGUAGAGAACUGCAGACAGAUACAAAGCCGGAGUAGGGGCGUUUUGGUGUAGGGGCCUAGCAAGGUAGGCAUGUCCUCCCUAGGCCCUACAGCAUUACAAAUCGCCUGCUGCACGCGGCCAGGUUUUUGGAUUUGCCUUCUUGCAAUACAGAGACGAUUUGUGGCCUCAAAUCAGCAUCGCAAAUUUUUAGAAGUUUUCCGUUUUGGUAUGGGGAGGGGGGAUUUUUCCUCACAAUAGGAUCUGGCAUGCCGUUCGCGGUCGCGAUGAUCCCUGGUCGCUUCAUGGGGUCGGAUCGUGGAUGGCGGGCGGAGCAGACCAGUUGCCGGACAAUUACAUCACCGCCGAAGACCUAUCACCUGCAAAAAUGUCUGGGUCUGGAAGGAUGCGAACUUGUGAUGCGUGUUGCGGAUGAUGCAACAAUCUGUGUUGCAUGACUUGCAAAAGGUCCCCAUUUCUGGCCAUGCUGAGAGGGCAUUUCUCAUGCAGAAUAGGCAUCACGAAGGGGCUGCAGAGCCUGUGAUGCUAGGCCCUGCAUUCCAGACCUGGUGGAGCUUGGAAAAACUGCAUGACAAAGCUUGGAAUCUUCCAGACCCAGACACUUUUGCAUUUGAUAAGACCUCGGAAGGUACAAUUUCGAGCAUGACGCCGAGAAUGCCGAGAGCAUUGGGCAAAGGGUGUCCUCUAUCGCAAGAAAAAACUGUUUCACUGUCAACUUGUAAUGCAGGAAAUGCAUCCGAGAAGUGGUUGCCUUGCUACACAUGCAAGACAGUGGAUUUUUAGCUGUGUUUUCCCUUAGCAGGAAUCUCGCAUGGCAAAUUUUCUCUGUAAUGUAGAGCAAACUUGUGAUGCAAAACAUGCAAAAUGCUUUUACAGUGAAGCACUUUUUUCGUACGAUAUCCUCGUGGUGGGCAGUAGGCCACGAGGGGGCGGAGGCGGAGCACUUCUCGGUGCGGCACCAAACCAACUUCGGCUAUGCCCCGCAGCCCGCAUGGGUUAACGCUGACAGCACUAUCCUGAGUAAAAACGUACCCACACCAGAGUUGUAAUGCAGAUUUGCAAAGACAGGAAGACUUGUAAUGCGCAUUCCCAUGAGAGCCAUUUCCAAUCGUGUUUUGGAAUUUGUGAUGCUGUGAACAGGAUGAGCAGAUGAAUCUGUGAUGCGGCUGCACUUGCUAACCUGCACUACACUGCAUCGCGCAACUUGUCAUGCGUGACUCACAAAACUCCUAGGUUUGUGCUGCAAAAUCCCCAUUCUGACUCUGGUGUGGGUACGUUUUUACUCAGGAUAAGCACUCCGAAAAGUUUACAGCAGUGGCUGACGGAACACACGGUGACGGGCAGAACCUUCGGGACCCCGGGGGUCAACGGGGGCGAAAGUCGGGCUUUUCUCGACGCCCUGCAGUAUCGCAGCAAAAAAGUGUUACAGUUACUUACACAUUUUGUUGCAGGCCAAGCAAGACAGGCAAGCUCUGUCAUGCCGGAUAAGUAGCAUCGGAGCUUCGUUCAUCUUUCACACGUGUUUAUUUCCCGUAGGAUUUCUGCAUUGCAAGUUUUCUCUCUCAUGCAGAGAAAUUUGUGUUGCUGCAUUGACAACAGGUGUGUAACUGUAUACACUUUUUUCUUGGGAUAUGCAAGAAACCGCGGCCAGUAGCACGGAAAUUUCAUCUAUUGAGAGGAAAAAUCCCCCCUCCCCAUAUUGAAAAGGCAUGCUUCCGAAAAUUUGUGUUGCUGAUUUGAGGUCGCAAAUCAAUUUUGUUUUGCAAGAAGGCAAGGGCAGAAGCUUCCGCCCCAUUAUGGAGGCGAUUUGUCAUGCUGUUGGGCCUAAAGGGGAGCCGCUUGCCAUGCUGAACAGCUAGACGCAUACGCCCCUACCUAGCCUGGGGACCUGACUGCAAUGCUUUCCUGCAGUACAAAGCUGAUUUGUGUACUCAAAUCCAGCAUCAGAAGUUUCGUUUUGAUAUGGGGAGGGGGGAUUUUUCCUUUUGAUAUCAUCUUCGUCAAAGCACGUCAUUGCGAAUCUGGGAGCCGUAUGAGAAUGCACAAGAACUCCCCGUGCUCUCGUCCCUCAUUUGUAAUGCGAAAUACCAAAUCCACGUCUUGCUCUUGCCUCCAAGCACAGUUAGCAUGACAAAUUUUGGAGCCUCAAACGGUACUACAUAUAAUCCGUCUGCAGAUUUGUCAUGCAGCGGAAGCCACAUUUCUGGCGUUGCUUGUGUUGCUGCUCAUGCCAUUCAAAUGAGGGGAGUUGUGCACUGUCAUAAGCCGAGGUGGACAGCGCGGCCGAGGUCGACGCUGUUGCCGAAGUGUGGAAACACCACGUCGCUUAUCAACUGCAAAUAUGUUUGGAUCUGGAAAGUUGUCAUGCGGAUUCUGAAUAGAAGCAAAAAUUAGCAUUGCAUGAGCGCCAAAACAACCUGCCAAUUUCUUGCUACGCAAGUAGGAAACUUUUCAUGCAGGAUAGAUAUCAAGAGGCCUGCGCAGAACCUGUACUGCUUUUGCAUGCAUUCGGGAUCGGGACCAGUUGCGUAAGAUGCAUGAGACACCCUUCUGCACUCAUCCAAACCCAGACAUAUUUGCAAUGCAUAUCGCCGGCGACAAGGAGGCGGAAGCGGAGUUCACAAAAACCUUUCAACGAAAUUGGGAGGCCAUUCUGCUGGCAAAGAGUCCUCGCGAAGUAUCCUGAGUGAAAACGUUCCCACCCCAUAGUUUUGAUGCAGAUUUGCAAUUGCAGAAACAUUUGUAAUGCGCAUGCCCACGAGAGGGACUUUCCGUCGUGUUUUGGAAUCUGUAAUGCUGUAAACAGAAUAAGCAGAUGGAUUUGUCAUGCUGCUCUCCUUUGUAACCUGCACUACGCUACGGAUUGCAACUUGUCAUGCGUGACUCCCAAAACUUCCAGGUUUGUGUUGCGAAAUCCCCAUCUUGAUGACUAUGGCGUGGGGACGUUUUCACUCAGGAUACGAAGGAACGGAAGUGGGGUGGGAGGAGUUGCAGCACCUGGCCGCGUAUCAAGUGCAAAUAUGUCUGGGUCUGGAAGAAUGCAACUUGUGAUGCUGCGUGUGGGUUCCAAAAAAAUCUGUAUUGCAUAAGCAGCAAAGGGAAUGUAAUUUUUGCUACGUGGAGCAGAGGGCAUUUCUUAUGCGGAAUAGGCAUCAACAAGCCCUCAAAAAAUGAGUGAUGCUAGGGCAUGCAUCACAGACGUCAUGGCUCAUGCAGAACGUGCAUGACAAGGCUCAGAAUCUUCCAGCCCAAGACAUAUUUGCCAGCAAUGCCGCGGGUUUCGACGCGGGGUGUGAGGUAUCAAAAGGAAAAAUCCCCCUUCCCCAUAUCAAAACGGAAAUCUGCGAUGCAGAUUUGUUGUCACAAAUCAGCUUUGUCAUGCUACACGGGAAAAGAUGCGGACUGUAGUGCUGGGUGGCGUGGGGAAGCCUUGCAUCUUCAGCAUGAUAGGAGGCAGCUGAGAGUGGGAAACAGCAUGACAAAUUGCCUGCAAACGAGGCCACGACUGCGGCUCUUGGCCUUCUAGCAUGACAAGUCGAUUUGUGACCUCAAAUACAGCAUCACAAAUUUCGUUUUCGAUAUGGGGAGGGGGGAUUUUUCCUUUCGAUAUGAGGAAGGCAAUGACCACAACCACGGAGUCGAUGUGGUUAUGGAUUGCAAACAUGUCUGGGUCUGGAAGAUUGCAAGUUUGUCGAGAAUCUGUGCUGCAUAGGCACGAAAAGGCCCUCUUAGAUGUCAUGCAAAAACGCAGCUUGCCAUGCGGAAUACGUAACACAUGGCAGCCAAAAAAAUUGUCAUGCAUAGCUGCGUAUUGCAGUGCGUCUAUCGUUCACUCUUAGCAUUACAAGUUUCCAGACCCAGACAUAUUUGCAAUGCAUAGUGGUUUGCGAUUGGGAAAAAACACCGACGAUUUUUCAUUAUGCUUGGGCGGGGACGCCGGAAACCUGGCAGCGCUUGUCGGAGAAAUUGGACUCAACGACCACGACGGACGUUCGUGCGACCGUCGGAAUGCACGAGCUUAGCGACCAAAGCGUGCCCAGCGAGGCCGACCCCGGUUUGGUUGAGCACUACGAGCACUACUUUGAUCCGGAAAAAGACAACCGUCCCAUCUGGGAGAAAACCAAGGAAAUGGCCCAGAUCGUGGUAGAAGAUGGUGUUUCCGAGUUGGUCCGCGGGCUUCCCAUGCUCGCCGUCGGAGCUGGGGCAGGACUGUUUCACAGAGGUCAGAACAUCAUCAAGGAAAAAAGGAAUCGAAGAAGCACAAACGGAACAGCCACAGCAAAGGAAGAUGAAGUUGGUGCGCCGCCGCGUGGAGGUCGUGCCACAGCAGAACUACAAGGUUCAACAUCUUCCCCAGAACAACCGGAGCUAAGGACCAAGAACUACAUGCAGCUUCUCCGCAGCGGGGGACCAAGUUUCUUCGGAAACCAAGAACGACAUGCAGCUGGAGAUCAUGAGCGACCAGUUGUACCACACAGCACAUCCCCCUCAACAUCUUCAAGACGUGGCACAACUAGCAUCGAUGCCAAGGGUGGUUUUCUACUGAAUUCCGAACCGGACGAACAAGUAGGGGAGGCACGACAAAAGGGCAGUAGCUCUACGUCCCGGGGGCGCGAACAGGAGGAAGGUCAUCACCGUGGCCAAGGGUGGUUUUCUAGUGAAUUCCGAACCGGAAGUAUUGAGAGGAAAAAUCCCCCCUCCCCAUAUUGAAAACGCAUUCGUCAGAAAAUUUGUGAUGCAGAUUUGAGGUCACAAAUCCUGUCUGUCUUGCAAGAAGGCAAAGCCAGAGAGUCCGCCGCAUUAUGCCGGCGGUUUGUGAUGCUGUUGGGCUUACAGAGCCGAUAUCUGUCAUGCUAGUCCCCUACGUCAAAACCUCGCGACCCAGGCUUGGCAUAUGCCUGCAGUCCUCUCCAGCAAGACAGACCUGAUUUGUGUACGCAGAUCCAGCAUCAGAAACUUGGUCUUUCAGUUGAACCAGUGUGAUGGUACCAGCUUUAGGGCGUUUUUAGAUAUAGUGGAAUUAGAACUUGUUUUUUGAUAGUACUCCUUUCUAUACUUUCUUUGAUCCCUCGGUGCUAGUGGGCACAUUUGUACGAAGUUAUUUCUACCCAGAUAACAACACAACUCACUACGCCGCCUUCCCAGGAGCUGUUGUUGCUGUCUUUCGGUAGAAAUCACAUCGUCCAAAUAAUCCUACUAGAGUUUACCGGGUAUGUGGUUUAAGUUUUUUAGGCAUAGUUUAGACAGGGACGCCCAGCCCUUAGCCAUCCAAAAUCAGAAACUUCGUUUCGAUAUGGGGAGGGGGGAUUUUUCCCUUUGAUAGGAAGAACAAGUAGGGGAGGCACGACAAAAGGGCAGUAGCUCUACGUCCCGGGGGCGCGAACAGGAGGAAGGUCAUCACCGUGGCCAAGGGUGGUUUUCUAGUGAAUUCCGAACCGGAAGUAUUGAGAGGAAAAAUCCCCCCUCCCCAUAUUGAAAACGCAUUCGUCAGAAAAUUUGUGAUGCAGAUUUGAGGUCACAAAUCCUGUCUGUCUUGCAAGAAGGCAAAGCCAGAGAGUCCGCCGCAUUAUGCCGGCGGUUUGUGAUGCUGUUGGGCUUACAGAGCCGAUAUCUGUCAUGCUAGUCCCCUACGUCAAAACCUCGCGACCCAGGCUUGGCAUAUGCCUGCAGUCCUCUCCAGCAAGACAGACCUGAUUUGUGUACGCAGAUCCAGCAUCAGAAACUUGGUCUUUCAGUUGAACCAGUGUGAUGGUACCAGCUUUAGGGCGUUUUUAGAUAUAGUGGAAUUAGAACUUGUUUUUUGAUAGUACUCCUUUCUAUACUUUCUUUGAUCCCUCGGUGCUAGUGGGCACAUUUGUACGAAGUUAUUUCUACCCAGAUAACAACACAACUCACUACGCCGCCUUCCCAGGAGCUGUUGUUGCUGUCUUUCGGUAGAAAUCACAUCGUCCAAAUAAUCCUACUAGAGUUUACCGGGUAUGUGGUUUAAGUUUUUUAGGCAUAGUUUAGACAGGGACGCCCAGCCCUUAGCCAUCCAAAAUCAGAAACUUCGUUUCGAUAUGGGGAGGGGGGAUUUUUCCCUUUGAUAGGAAGAACAAGUAGGGGAGGCACGACAAAAGGGCAGUAGCUCUACGUCCCGGGGGCGCGAACAGGAGGAAGGUCAUCACCGUGGCCAAGGGUGGUUUUCUAGUGAAUUCCGAACCGGAAGUAUUGAGAGGAAAAAUCCCCCCUCCCCAUAUUGAAAACGCAUUCGUCAGAAAAUUUGUGAUGCAGAUUUGAGGUCACAAAUCCUGUCUGUCUUGCAAGAAGGCAAAGCCAGAGAGUCCGCCGCAUUAUGCCGGCGGUUUGUGAUGCUGUUGGGCUUACAGAGCCGAUAUCUGUCAUGCUAGUCCCCUACGUCAAAACCUCGCGACCCAGGCUUGGCAUAUGCCUGCAGUCCUCUCCAGCAAGACAGACCUGAUUUGUGUACGCAGAUCCAGCAUCAGAAACUUGGUCUUUCAGUUGAACCAGUGUGAUGGUACCAGCUUUAGGGCGUUUUUAGAUAUAGUGGAAUUAGAACUUGUUUUUUGAUAGUACUCCUUUCUAUACUUUCUUUGAUCCCUCGGUGCUAGUGGGCACAUUUGUACGAAGUUAUUUCUACCCAGAUAACAACACAACUCACUACGCCGCCUUCCCAGGAGCUGUUGUUGCUGUCUUUCGGUAGAAAUCACAUCGUCCAAAUAAUCCUACUAGAGUUUACCGGGUAUGUGGUUUAAGUUUUUUAGGCAUAGUUUAGACAGGGACGCCCAGCCCUUAGCCAUCCAAAAUCAGAAACUUCGUUUCGAUAUGGGGAGGGGGGAUUUUUCCCUUUGAUAGGAAGAACAAGUAGGGGAGGCACGACAAAAGGGCAGUAGCUCUACGUCCCGGGGGCGCGAACAGGAGGAAGGUCAUCACCGUGAUUCUUCUUCCCCUCUGAAAAAUGACUACCCGGAGCGCCUCAUCCCUGCGGGGCGGGAAAGUGAAGCGGAUGCAAGAAGUGUGCCGGCAAGGGGGGAGGCGCAGGAGCCAGGGCAACAACUACACGACCACGAGCUUGUGGAAACAAACAAUGCAAAGCAUGUUGGUCUUCCCAGGAACAGCACCAGCAGAAAAAGCGACGAGUUUUCAACACCUGCGUGAGACUUGAUAAAACGCGAAAAAAAUUUUCAAUGCUGAACUAGUACAACUACUGCUAGAAAGAUAUGUCUUCGGUUUCACCUUUGGUCUUGACCAUUCUCCUUGUAUGUUUUCCACGACCUGGAGAUUAAUUAAAUUGGAGUUAGAUGUACAAACUGUGAAACACAAAAAUUUGCUGCAAGUGUAAAUCUUUUCUGAAGACCCCG